AUGAAGUUCUUCUCUUCGCUCGCUCUGCUGGUCUCCGCCGUUGCGGCCAACCCCAUUCUCCGUACCCGCGACACACCUAAGAACUUCCAUCUCAAGACCACUGGCGCUGACAACUCAGCACACAACGACCUCUACGUCUACGGCUACCACACCGGUGCUGGAUUCAACGAUGCUGUUCUCACUUCGGACGUUGGCACCGCGAGCCCGGCCUUCCUGAACGGCACGAAUGUCCAGUUCAGUCUCGACACACCUUUCCCUUGGGGAUUGGUAAUGCGACCACAGAACAACUACGGUGCGUGGGAGCCGGUCGAGAUCAACACUGGGUAUGGUAGCGGUAGUUUCUCCAUCAACGAUGACAGCCUGGAGUGGUCGGAACAGCAGGGAUUCGGUGGCUGGUUGGUCUGCGACUGGUACCACAAUGCGCCCCAGCUCUUCUAUCUGUACAAGUACCGCGAGCCUACCAUUCCCUCCUCCUGCAGCAAGGUUCAACUCGCCGUCGAGCCAGUUUCCUAA